AUGACUUCGCAACAAUAUAACGACCCGACUCGACCGCUACCACCGAUACCUCAACUCCGGUUCGACGCAAACAAAGAGUUCAGACCUCAUCCAGGACCACAACAGUUCUCACGUUCUCCAUCUUGGGAAAGCCUACAGGACCAAAUGUAUACCACCAACUCGAGUUCGUCAUCUGUUCGCGGGGGCAGCGAGAGCCACAGCAACAUGAAGAGCCACGAGGACACAGACAUUGAGAAGCUGGUGGACAGGAACGUCCACAGCAGUCAGAGCAUGACAGAGCACGGAGGGGACCAUGAUCAUCAUCACAAUGGACACGCCAACAGUAAAGAGCCGCGGCCGAAGCUGGGCUGGAAGGAGCGGAUGCAUCACUUCACCUGGGCCUGGUUCACCUUUCCCAUGAGCACCGGCGGUUUGUCGCUGCUCAUCCACGCCCAGCCUAACCAGUUCCCCGGCCUCAGGUCCAUUGGCCUGACCGUAUACGUCAUCAACCUCAUUAUAUUUACCUGUGUCUUCAGCGCCAUGAUCAUACGCUUCUUUCUCCACCCGGGCGACUUCAGCGCUUCGUUGAAGCACCGCCGCGAGGGUUUCUUCUUUCCUACCUUUUUCCUGAGCAUUGCCACCCUCAUCACAAGCACGCAUAGAUAUGCCAUCCCAGACAACGACGUGACCCUCAACUGGCUCAUCCAGGCCGUGUUUUGGGGCUACUUGGUCGCUACCCUGAUGCUGGCCAUUGGACAGUACAGCUAUGUCUUUGGUGCCCAGACCCAUGGCCUGCAAACCAUGAUGCCCACUUGGAUCCUGCCCAUCUUCCCCAUCAUGCUGUCUGGAACCAUCGCCUCCGUCAUCGCGGGCACCCAGCCCACCAUCUCGGCCGUCCCCAUAGUCGUGGCUGGUCUCAUCUGCCAAGGCCUGGGCAUGCUGGUCAGCAUGAUGAUGUACGCCCACAUGGUCGGUCGACUGAUGGCCGGUAACCUGCCGGACCGGGAGCACCGCCCCGGCCUGUUCAUGUGCGUCGGCCCUCCCGCCUUCACUGCCCUGGCCGUGGUAGGCAUGGCCAACAACAUCCCCGCAGACUUUGACAUACGCCUCAGCGGCAUCAUAACCCCCGAGUCGCCGGGCAUGGGCGAGAAGGCCGUCGUGCAGAUAAUGGCCUACAUGUUGGGCACUUCCCUCUGGGGCCUUAGCUUGUGGUGGUUCGGCAUCGCCGCCAUCGCCGUGAUCCGCUCUCCGCCCAAGGACUUCCACCUCGGUUGGUGGGCCAUGGUCUUCCCCAACACCGGCUUCAUCCUCGCCACCAUCUCCCUCGGCAAGGCGUUUGGGAGCGUGGCCGUCGGCUGGGUCGCCACCGGCAUGUCCAUCUGCCUGCUCUGCAUGUACCUGUUUGUUCUGUUUCACCACAUCAAGGCCGUCGUGAAGCAGGACAUUAUGUACCCCGGCAGAGAUGAAGACUAUGCGGAUCACUGA